CUCCAAGCCAGCCCAGGCCUCAGUGUCUGCCUGGCCUCUGGAGCGACGAUACGCACAUCCUCGCUCUGGGACCCACUUCUCCGAGGCGAGGCGAGGAGUUUUAUGUGCAGUGAGCAGCGACCCCAGGACAGGAAUUUUAUGGCAUGACCUACCUGCGGCACCAUCAGGGUCUUAAUGGCGUGGAGAGAGACAUAACUAUUGUGGUGUGACGGUCAUUCCACUCAUCCACGAGAAGACAGACAGUGCCACGUGAUAAUAUGGUACAUAGACAGUUAAUGGCAUAGAAGAACCACUCACUCUAUGAGCUAUGAGGCACAGAAAGGAGCUGGGUUAAGUGACGUGUUGAAUCACUGUGACACUAAAACAACACUCUGACUGUAGAACAAACACACACACACACACACGAAAAACAAUAACCCAAUAACAUCAUAGAACACAGAAGAACAACAAAGGACAACACACAACAUAAUUAUAUAUAACAAAAACAAAUAACAAUGAUAUAUAUACAACCAUAAUAUAACAAUGUAAUAUUUCAGUAGAACACAAAAAAGUCGCAAUACGGUGUUCAUGAAGGAAAACAACGGACCAAUUAAACAGUGAUGUGAUAGCCCAGCCGCCAAAACAAAAACAUUUCUAAAACAAGAACACAAAAAAACCAGGAUGCAAUACCCCCCCCCCCCUCACAAAAAAAUAAUUAAAAAAUCCCACAAUGAACAGUUGAACAAAGACAGAAACUAAACAAGAGUGAAAUUGUUCAUACCGAGACAAUAUACAGUUAAUUGAACACCACAGGAAUGUAUUAAAAUUAGUGAACUGUGAUGAACUAUAUAUAUAUAUAUAUACAUACACGGGAAUUUAUUCAGUAAUGGACUAACUAGUAGAAUAAAUUAUCGUCCAUACAGGUGAUGUAAAGUGUACCUGCCAAUUAACUCUGAUUGAGAAAAAAAUAAUAAGGAAUAAAUGAUAAACAAUACAGACUAAAGUGACAAUAAUAAACCAAUAAUUACAAAAAACAAAUAAAAUAAACCAACCGACAGUGAAGAAAAAAGAGAAAAUUGUGUCUUUGUAGAUAAAUCAACAAAGUGAGAGAGAGAAGGACUAAGUGAGAGACAGAGAGAAAGAUAGAGAUGCCCUGUGAGUGAGAGGGAGAGAGAGAGAUAUGCCUCGAGAAUGAGAUGAGAGUGAUGGUGCUUCACAGCUGACCUAAACCUCAGCCUCCAAUCAUGCAGCUGGCAACACUACACCUGCUCAUCCUCCACUUGGCAACACUGCUAGUCUCCUUAUGUCCUGCUAACACCAGUCUUGGCAACCCUGAACCAGGCAUCAAGAGUAAGAAAGUAUCGACCUUAUGGACACCGCCGGAGUUCGACGAGACACUACCUAAUAACAUCACCGUGAUGGAGGGUGAACCAGCCGCUCUGCCCUGCGUCGUCACCAAGCUCAGGGGUCGAUCUGUGUCGUGGAUCCGUCAGCGCGACCUACACGUCAUCUCUGCCAACGACCUCACCUUUACCUCUGACGACAGGUUCAAGGUGGUGAUCGACAAUACCAGCUCGUCCUACACGCUGGAGGUGGCUGCCGCCCUCAGGAAUGACUCCGGUGUUUAUGAGUGUCAGGUCAACACAAGGCCGAAGCUGUCGCGCCCUGUCUCCCUCACAGUCCACGUGCCAGCCGCCAAGAUCCCAGGCCCCAGCGAGCUCUUCAUCAGGAGCGGCUCUACCCUAGUACUCAGCUGCACCGCUUUACUCCACCCGAGUGCCAUCAGUACGGUGGAUUGGCUACAUAACAAGACCAAGAUGUCCAUCGCUGGUCCACGGGGCGGGGUUAGCAUCCACACGGAGAAGGCGGGACAGCUGUUAUCCUCCAAGCUCUCUGUGGUAAAGGUAGCGGCCACAGAUGCUGGGAAUUACACCUGUCAUCCAGACUCCGUGCAUCCCGCCUCUGCCACUGUCUUUAUUGUCGACGAGGAGUUCCCAGCAGCUAUGCACCACGACAGCGGGACCAAGACCACCCAACCAAUCAGCGGCCUCGCCCACUUGGCAGUCAACGUGGCACUCCUGGCCUCCACCAAUCACAACACCGCGUUCUGCUCUAACUGUGUUUUUUAUUCGCUCUUAUGACUAGACCUAAAACUAGCCUUUGUGUAUAUAGGUCUAUUAUUAUGUGUAUUAAGAGAAGGAUAACUAAUGUGUUUUAAUUUGUAUAUUUGUACAAAUUUGUUAUAUGUAUACUGUAUAUAUAUAAAUGCAUGUGUAUGAGUGUGUGUAUGUGUGUGCAUGAUUUUUAUUGCAUAUUAGUCUAGGUUUAUAACGCACAUAAGAUACUAAUUAAAGGUUUCAUCAUUAUUUAUUUAUGUUGUAGAUGAAUGUGUUUUAGGCAGUAAGAGGGAGGCGACUUGACAGAUGGUGGCUUGAGCUUACUCCCAGCUGGUAGCGUCAACUCAGCUGGUAACUUCGCCCCACAGCUGGUGACUAACACACAGUUGUUGCCCUGAUGCCAUAAUUAAUGACUAUAAAGGUGGUUAACUCUGAUUCCCGUUACGACCUUUAACCCACAAGAGUGACCAUAGGUUGUAGGAGUCUCCAGCUCACAGGUUAUGACCCCCUGACCUUUGACCCACAGGAAACAUUUGUCUUACUAUUGGUGACAUCAGACCCAGAGAAAGGUCAGCCAUUUUAUCCGAAGUUCUAAGUAUUUAUUUUACAUAUAACUUUAAAUGGGAUCACCUGAACAUCAAGCACCCCAUCUUAUUUCACUUGAUGAUUAAACUCCCUAACGCUAACCCAACCUAACCUAACCAAGCAUACGUGGCAUAACCUAAUACUAAAACCUAACCUAACUCCCCAGGUAACGUUAGAUUGUUUAAUCAUCAGGUAAAAUAAUCAAGGGUGUCUAAUCUCCAGGUAAUCCCAGGCCCAUAUCAUCUACUUGACUUUUGCUAUGAGUAUUUGCUAUUUUAUAAUAAACGAGUAACUAACAUAUAGCUAUAAGAGAAGUGGGCACAUAUAUAUAUAUAUUUUAAAAUAAAUGUUCAGCAGAGUGUA